GCUACUGAUAAAAUACGUUGAGUUCUGUUGGAUGUGUUGUAGUAUUCUGCUAUCGACCGGUUGAGUUUUGGACUAUUUAGACGGCACUCAUUUCCGCUACAUUAAAUUAAAAAAAAAAUACAGCAAUGAUGUCGAAUCAGAUUCGAUCGGGAAUAAGGAGUUUUGGAUCAAAAUUAUAUAUUUAGGCAUUUAAUAGGAAAAUUGACCUUUGCUUGUAAGAAGUGCAGUAUUCGUUCAAUUUAAAAUAAGAAAGUUCAAUUAAAGAAAGUGAAUUUUUGGUGAUUGCUACUCUCAUGUUUUGUUCUGGGCGCUUGGCGAAUGAGCAAACAAUAUAUCCCUAUUUAAUACAUAGACUAAGGAAAGUACCCCACAGGCAACAGCUAUGCCGCCUUGGCCGAUAGAAAUAUGAAUUUCACACAUUGUCGAUUCUAUUCAAUCUUGUUUAAAUUCGAAAUUCUACGCGAACAAUACAUUUGGCUAGCUUCAUUUCUGGCUUCAACCUGUUUUUUCUUUUUGUUGUUGUGGUUGUUGCUGUAGUUUUGUUUUCGUUGUUUCAUUUAUUCGUUUUAAUAUUUCAAACUUCGCAACUUUCUCGCUGCAGGAUACGCGGCUAGUGUUUAUGCCAUUACACUCUUUUCUUCACAAUUUUUAGUUUUGGGCCAGACGCAUGCUCGAGGGCAGUGCUUGUCUUUGGAGGCCUGGGUAUCGACUAUACUCAAUUAGCCGAUCAAUCCACGAGCGUGCUUACUUCUAACAUGAAUGCUGUUACAUUACUUGCUGCCUACUGUGUUGUGGAUAGUGAGUAGCCUAGCAGUGUGGGAUGUAGCAAAAUGACGGCGGCUUUUUUUUUUGUCUUAGAAGUGUCUUAAGUGGAUUGAGAUAAUUAAAAGUUUUGAUUGCGCCCUCAUCAACUAUCACGUGAAAUAGAUGUUUCGAGCCCGUAAUCCCAUCAUUAACUAGUCCGGUUGAGCAACAGGCACCAAAACUGCCCCAAUUUGGGACUAAGAUGUUUUUUGCAAGGAAUCGAAAAAUGCUAUCACUGGAAUUUUGCUGGAAUUUUUGGUCAAUGCGGUGCUAAUAUCACAUUAUGUACAUCGGUGUGACACGCAAACUAUUUAAUUGUGAUAACCUCAAACUAGCAUAAGUUACUAUUUUUCCGGCACGGAGCAGAGGGCUGGGGGCGGGCUCGAGGUGCGCGGCGUUCAGCGGGAUUAGGAUUUGAAAAAGUUGCCGUUAGCAGGGUGAGACAUUCUUUGGCCAGCCUUCAACGUGUGCAGUUGUAAAGUUCGUUUUUCCUUUCCUUGGUUAUGCACGAACAUUACUUUCCGAUUGUUAUUUUCCUUUAGUGCUGCCAUUUUAGUACAUCACUCUAAUUUACUUCAUUUGUGUACUACGUUUAAUUACGAUACCCUAAAACCCCAAGGGUGGCACCACUGCCUUGGUCGGGGGCACAAGUUCCCUUAUUUUUUCCAUCUCCCGAUUUUUCGGGGUUUUCGUCCAACGCGGCCAAUUUAAUCACGAUUUGCAAAAUCAUAAAAAAGCACUUGGGUAAAGAUAUACACGACAUUAGUUAAAAUACACAACAAUGCAAACGAAUACGAAAGUCUGCCCGACGUUUUCAGUUUGACAUCAACACUCACACAUGCGUUGUAUUUAUAAGGUUGUCACUCAUGAAAAGCAAUAAGCAAGACAACAACAUGUCUCGACGUAGUUUAGGUACAAGUUAUCUAUUGGAAUACGUUUUGCAAAGUAGUUGUAAUCAUUUCAAAACAACCGUGAACCUUGUGCUGGCACUUCAACCUCGUUUGGAGGGGGAAACGAUAAUACCCUGGGAAUGAGGCUCCUUGGCUGAAGCUUUGCGCGACGGCGAAGAUAAACAAAACCCUAAUUAUACAGUCGAGGAAUAGCAGUUGUCGACAUCUCGAACGUAAAUCGGGUCAUCAAAGUAGUCAGGUUUAUUCAGAAACAUUGCCCUGUGCCAUGUUACCAGACAAAGUUUUGUACACUGCCUGGAAUGUCGCCGACUUCCUUCAUAACACUCACCUCUAUGCUAAAGCGAUCGACUUCUACAAGGAAUGUUUUGUACUUCUGAGGCUCAUCGUGGCAAACCACUUGGAGGAUAUCAUGCCAAAUGAGCCCCGUGAUAUCGAAAGGCAGUUGUAUUCGGCCCUCGCUGAUGCAUAUUCUGAUAGCGGCAACAUAGAGAAGGGCAUAGAAAUGUGCAAGGAGUGCCUUAAGAUAAACAAAGAAGGGGGAAAUGAACGAAGAGAAAGUGAAUGUUAUGAGCAUAUCGGCAUAAUGUACUUCAAUCUCGGGCAGUGUGCAAAAUCAGUGAGUUAUCACGGGAAAGCUCUCGCAAUGAGGAAGGGGAAGGUGUCAGAAGCACAAUCGUGUAACCACCUUUGUCUUGUGUAUAUUCACUUAAACCAGUAUGAAAAGGCCUUCAGUUACGCAGAAAAAGCGCUUGAGGUCGGUGAACUAUUUGGAAACAGGAAGGCACAAGGAAUGAGCAGUAACAAUCUCUCUACUAUAUCCAUGCAUCUUGGACGAUACAAGAAAGCGAUUGAAUAUCAAGAGAAAGAUCUAGAAAUCAGUAAGGAAUCUGGUGAUCGAGAAGGAGAAGGAACUUGCUAUAACAAUCUCGGUGGCAUUUACUUUCAACUCGGCCAAUUUCACGAAUCUCUAGAGUACUAUGAAAAGGCACUCAAAAUCGUACAAGAAAUUGGUUUCAGAAAAGGUGAAGGAAGAUCUUACCUGAAUCUCUCCAACGCAUAUGUCCAACUUGGUGAGUAUGCUAAAUCCCUGGCAUAUAACGAGAAAGCUCUGGCAGCAAUACGCUCACUUGGGCAUCGACAUGACGAAGGAGCUGCCUGCCUCAAUCAAGCUAGCCUGUAUAGUACUCUUGGUGAAUAUGAAAAGUCAUUCGAGUAUUGCAUGAAAGCUCUUGCAAUCAAGACAGCCAUUGGAGACAAGAAAGGGCAAGCAGAGUGCUAUGCGAUUCUUGGUGCAGGUUAUCGUGCGCACGGCGAGGAUGAAAUAUCGAUAAAAUACGUGGAGCAAAGUCUCAAAAUCUCUACAGAAAUUGGAGACUUGACUGGACAAGGAGUGUCUUUCAACAACCUCGCUAAUACUUAUUUUUCUCAAGGACAUUAUGGAAAGGCGGUUGAAUAUUUUGAGAAAGAUCUGCGAAUAUGUAAAGUAGUUGGCGACCGAAAUGGGAAAGGAGUAUCUUGCUGCAACAUUGGAUGCGCGUAUUUCGCACUCGGCCAGUUGGAAAAGUCACUGGACUCUGCCACUGGAGUUCCCUUGAAAGACGACGUCGUGCUGACAGUGAAAGAGAUAGCUGAAGUUGGUAUCAGAGCCAAGUUGGUGGUACUCAGCUGUUGUCACAGUGCAAGAGGGAAGAUCUUAAAAGCUGAGGGAGUUGUUGGAAUCGCCCGCGCCUUCUUAGGAUCUGGUGCUCGGUCUGUUCUGAUGUCCUUGUGGGCUGUCGACGAUGAAGCAACUAAAGCUUUUAUGAACAUAUUUUACAAGUGCCUGAUCCAUGGGAAAAUGAGUGCUAGUGAGGCGCUUCACCACGCCAUUAAGAAAACGAGAGAGUCGUCAGAGUACAAAGAUUUCAAACAUAAGCACAAGACGUCAGUGAAGUGUUUAGAACUGGGUCCUUGUGCUAACAAACUCCAGUGGAGUACUGCAUUUGUCAAGAGAUGCGCUGUACAGCGCAUACACGCAGGGACUGGAAACGUGGAAAGGUUAAGCUAUAACAACGAACUGCGAUCAAAGAAGAUUUUCAACGGUCCAUUUUUUGAUUGUUUUCAGUAG